AUGAAUUGCGAUCAGAGUGAAGAUGAAUACUGGAAAGGAAAGUUGACUAUGGCAAAUAGGAAGGGACCGACUGAUUCAGAUGCCAGAAUGCUUGAAAUUGGUUACUUCCCCUGUGAUUGUGUGCGCCUCAUCGAUGACAAGCGCCUUCUUGGACAUCUGUCUCCCAGCAACAAGGGCCCUUACGAUCUGCACAAAGAGCUGUGGCAUCGCUUCGCUUACAUUCAACAGCAGCAGAGUUCCUCAUAUAACCACACCCACUUUUCGAACCAAUAUUCAUGGUUGAAGAACAUCGGAGACUUCGCUAUUGUCCGCAACACUACGACAUUUGGCAUCCCGUACAAUCUCAGAAUCCUGCGAGAGUCGUUCGGUGGCUUCGUGCUACAUUUGAAAAAACCGUAA